UCUCGAUGGAAGAUGAUGAGGAUCAAGAUAUGCCUACGUUGCCUGUGCAAAAAUGUUCAAAGAACAAACAACUUAUUAGACAGCUCACCCCUAGUGGGUCUCUUGCGAAUUUGUCUAGCAAACGUGGUCGUGUCAACAGUAUGGCUAGUAUUCCUGAACCGGGAAAUCAAUCAUCUCCUGACACUUUAGGCAUUAAAUCAAUAAUCAAUUGCAUCAGUACCAAGGAAGAACGAAUUGAGAGUGAAGAGCGUGCAGCACGUACUCAAGAGAACCUUACGAUCAAACUAGCCAAUUCAAUGUCCACUAUGAUCACUACUAACCGUGAAAAAGAACUAGCGAUGAAGAAGUCGAUAGCUUUUGAGGAAAUGAACACGAAACGUGCUCUAGCACGUAGUCAAAUGAUUGUCGACCUCAUUGGCAAAGGAAUGGACCCAACGGCUGCCGAACAAAUGGCUUUGCGCCAUUUGCCCGAUAUUGAUCAUUCACACACGCCAAACUCCACCUCCAAUGAUUCAUAAAGAUCAAACUUUUCGGGUUAAUGACCUUAUAUCGCCUAGGGACUUCUC